AUGACCAGUUACAAACUCCUCGAGAAUGGAGAGCCGGCGUUGGAGACCACGGAAUUCGAUCUCCAACACGAGGAUGCCUCGCCCCCGCUGAGCAAAAGCAAAAAGCGAUUUCUCGAGUUGCAACAAUCCGUCAAAGAUUUCUUGGGUUUCUCUGGCGAGCGGAAGGGCAACUUUCGAGAUCGCGUGCCUGCCUGGCUGGCUCCUUUUUGCGAUUGCUGGACCCUGACGUUCGUCUUUGGUGGGAUUUUCGUUGCUAUACUCAUCGUUCUCGUCGUGGUCAACGCAUUCAGUGGAGACGAGCCUCGAGAUGAUAUCCUCAAAUACAUUGAUCCUUUGAUUGGGACUGGACCUGGUGGUCAUGUCUUUGCUGGAGCUACGUUGCCGUUUGGCAUGGCCAAGCCCGUGGCAGAUGUUUCUGGGGAGAAGAUGGGUGGUUUUGCAUCGGAUCGAUCGCAGGUUACUGGAUUUUCUCAUCUUCAUGACUCUGGCACUGGUGGCUCGCCGUCGAUGGGCAACUUUCCCAUAUUUGUGCAGCCAUCCUGUCCGAACAUCACCGAAUGUAAAAUGCAAAAACAUCCUCGAAAGACGCAUUAUAUACCGGCAUCUGUCUCGGCGCGAGUGGGCUACUUUGGCAUCCAACUUGAAUCUGGCCUCCGUGCCGAGAUGACAGCUUCAGAUCGGGUAGCACUAUACCGAUUCUCUUUCGUUAACGGCACCAGCGUCGAAGACCCAGUCAUCAUGGCCGAUGCAAGCGACUUGCCCAGCUCGAGUGGACCACGCGACCUCUUCGUGGAUGCAGAGACUGGGCGCAUGACAGCUCAAGGCGAGUUCAGUCCUUCGUUUGGCAAGGGCAAGUACUCCAUAUACAUGUGCACUGAUGUCAAAGGCGCACAGUUGCAGCAUGUCGGGGUGUUCAAUGCCACGGUCUGGCCGAAUCAUACUGCUACAUCCGAGCAACCGAAUUAUUGGGCUACAGCACAGGGAGUCUAUGUGAGGUUUAAGGAUGUGACGCCUACUGAUAAGAUCUACGCUCGAGUAGGAAUGUCGUGGCUGAGCAUCGAGCGAGCAUGUCAGAAUGCUGAGCGAGAGAUCAAGGACUGGGACUUCGAGCGCCUGGUGAAGAACGCUGAGAAGGCCUGGACGAAGAAGCUGGCUCCUAUCAAGCUUGACUCCACCGGUGUUGAGGAGCAACAUCUGAGGAAUUUCUGGUCAGGUGUCUAUCGAGCUUUCAUCUCGCCGCAAGACUAUACUGGGGAGAAUCCGCUCUGGAACUCGACGGAGCCGUACUACGAUUCUUGGUACUGCAUCUGGGAUACCUUCCGAGGCGUCCAUCCCUUCUACAUGCUCGUGGAUACCGUCUCGCAAUCACGAAUGGUGCGCUCGUUGAUUGACAUCUACAAGCAUCUUGGCUGGCUUCCCGAUUGUCGUAUGUCUUUCUGCAAAGGCCUCACGCAAGGUGGCUCCAAUGCCGAUGUUGUCAUUGUCGAUUCGUACAUCAAGAAGCUUAAGGGCGUCAAUUGGGAAGACGCAUAUGCUGCUAUCGUUAAGGAUGCAGAGGAGCAACCCCCAAAUUGGGACAUUGAAGGCCGAGGAGGCUUGGCUAGCUGGAAGAGCUUGGGUUACAUUCCUUAUCAAGAUGAUGACAAGGGCGGGAUGCGCACAAGAUCCGUCUCGCGUACUGUGGAGUACGCAUAUAACGAUUUCUGCAUUGCCGAAAUGGCCAACAGCACCGGCCGUAAAGAAGACUACGAGAAGUAUGCCCAGCGAGCCAACAAUUGGAUCAAUGUCUACGACGAGAACCUCGAAUCCAUGGGCUUCAAGGGUUUCCCGCAACCACGACUCGCCAAUCGCACUUUCGUCUUUCAGAACGCCACACUGUGCUCAAGCCUGAACAACUUCGAUGGCUGCUAUCUAAACAUGGGUGGUCACGAGACCUACGAAGGUUCCCCUUGGCUCUACCUCUUCUACGUUCCUGGCGACAUGGCCGGCCUAGUAAAGCUCUUAGGAGGACGAGAUAAGUAUCUCGAUCGACUGCACAAGCUCCACAACAGCGGCGUGCUCUACAUGGGCGAUGAGCAAGCCUUCCUCACCGCGUUCUUGUACCACUUCGCCGGCCGGCCUGGCCUUUCCGCAAAGGAGACCCAUCGCUACAUCCCCUCCAUGUUCAACGACACCAUCGCCGGCAUCCCCGGAAACGACGACAGCGGCUCCAUGGGAACAUUCGUCUUCUUCAGCAUGUUGGGGAUCUUCCCCUCGGCAGGCCAGAGCGUCUACUUCAUCAUCCCUCCAUUCUUCCCCAGCAUCAGCAUCACAAACCCCCAAACCGGCCAAACCGCCACGAUCCGCAACGUCAACUUCGACCCCACCUACAAGAAAAUCUACAUCCAAUCUGCGAAACUCAACGGGAAGACGUGGACGAAGAAUUGGCUCGAUCAUAGCUUCUUUUUGAAUGGAGGGACGUUGGAGCUGGUGCUGGGGGAGGUGGAGAGUGAAUGGGGCACGAAGGAGGGGGAUUUACCGCCUAGCUUGUCGACGACAGGGUUGUUUUUUGGGUGA